GAAACUAGUUUGUUGGCGGCGCCUCGGCGGUUCGGCGGCGGGAGCGCGUCGGGCUGAGGAGAGCGCCUGAGGAGAGCGGCUGAGGGGCGGCGGCAGGCGGAGAGCCCGCGGGGGCGACUGGGGCUUUGUGAGCGCGGCGGGCGGCAGCGCCCAGAGCGGCAUUGGUGACGUUGUGGUGGCUCUGCCAUCUGAGUUCCUGGGGGCAGUGAUGAGAAUCUGUCACAACCACAAAGCAUGCAGUGUGAGCAAGAAAUGUCUCUGCAGAAAGGCCACUGUGACCUGGGGCUGUUUGUUCCUGUGGUGUACUCCUAGCUGUUCUGAUUAAGACGGUCAUAACCGAGGUUUGGUUGUGAGGAUCAUGUUGUGUAUAUGAAAUGCCUAAGACAGCGUCAGGUACAGUGUCAGGCGGGCAUGUGUUUGACUUGGCUCCCUUCCCAGCUAGAAGUCUCUGCUGAUGCUUCGCAGCAAGUAUUACUCCAUCCCAGCUGGGUUUUGCAGGACUUGACCCCUCGCCUCCUGUCCUGUGCCUCCAUGGGAAAGCAGAGCUGCCAGCUGGGCUAAGGCCCUUAUCGCAGUUGUGUCCAUCAGCUUGUGAUGAGUACGCCAUAGGCAGCCUGGGGCCCAGACAUGGAGAACAGAAGCUGAAGUGGCCCCGAGUUCUGAGUGAUGGCAGCCUUGGCUAUGCCAUGCAUGGAGUGCACCCAGGCACUGGCCUCUUUGCUCUUCCAGGCUCUGGCUAUAGGGCUUUGUCCUGGGCAGCGAAAGCAUGGAAGUUCCAUUCCGUUCCAUGGAAGGGACUGUGCCAGUCAUUGGUCGUGCAUCAUGUCGGUCAGCGUCCACGAGGCCCGCAAGUCACGGGGCAGCACGGGCUCCAUGAAUAUCACUCUCUUCCACAAGGCCUCACACCCCGACUCUGUGCUGGCCCAGCUCAACACACUGCGCAAGCAGCGCAUGUUCACAGACGUCACACUCUGGGCUGGUGACCGUGCCUUCCCCUGCCACCGUGCUGUGCUGGCUGCCUCCAGUCGCUACUUUGAGGCCAUGUUCAGUCAUGGCCUGCGGGAGAGCCGGGACGACACGGUCAACUUCCAGGACAACCUGCACCCCGAGGUCCUGGAGCUGCUACUGGACUUCGCCUACUCUUCCCGCAUUGCCAUCAACGAGGAGAAUGCCGAGUCUCUGCUGGAGGCGAGUGACAUGCUACAGUUCCAUGACGUGAGGGACGCAGCUGCCGAGUUCCUGGAGAAGAACCUGGGCCCCUCCAACUGCCUGGGCAUGAUGCUGCUGUCAGAUGCGCACCAGUGUCGCCGGCUGUACGAGUUCUCCUGGCGCAUGUGCCUGGAGCACUUUGAGACAGUGCGGCAGAGUGAGGAUUUCAACAGCCUGUCGAAGGACAUGCUGCUGGACCUCAUCUCCAGCGAUGAGCUGGAGACCGAGGACGAGCGGGCCGUCUUUGAGGCUGUCCUGCAGUGGGUGAAGCACGACCUCAAGCAGCGCGGGGCUCACCUGCCCCUGCUCCUGCGCGGGGUGCGGCUGGCCCUGCUGCCGUCCGACUGCCUGAAGGAGGUGGUCUCCAGCGAGGCACUCCUCACGGCCGAUGAGCGCACGCGUCUCAUUGUGGACGAGGCCCUGAGCUGCAAGGCCAGGAUCCUGCAGAACGAUGGUGUGGUCACCAGCCUCUGCGCUCGGCCCCGCAAGGCGGGCCACACGCUGCUCAUCCUGGGGGGCCAGACCUUCAUGUGCGACAAGAUCUACCAGGUGGACCGGAAGGCCAAGGAGAUCAUCCCCAAGGCAGACUUGCCCAGUCCCCGGAAGGAGUUCAGCGCCUCGGCCAUCGGCUGCAAGGUCUAUGUGACUGGGGGCAGGGGCUCUGAGAAUGGGGUUUCUAAGGACGUCUGGGUGUAUGACACUGGCCACGAGGAGUGGUCCAAGGCUGCGCCCAUGCUGAUUGCCCGCUUUGGCCAUGGCUCAGCUGAGCUGGAGAACUGUCUGUAUGUGGUGGGGGGCCACACGUCCCUGGCAGGCGUCUUCCCAGCCUCUCCCUCCAUCUCUCUGAAGCAGGUGGAGAAAUACGACCCUGAGGCCAACAAGUGGACCAUGGUGGCCCCCCUGAGGGAUGGUGUCAGCAAUGCAGCCGUGGUGAGUGCCAAGCUGAAGCUGUUUGUUUUCGGCGGCACCAGCAUUCACCGAGACAUGGCAUCCAAAGUCCAGUGCUAUGACCCUUCUGAGAACUGGUGGACGAUCAUGGCGGAGUGCCCCCAGCCAUGGCGGUACACAGCUGCCGCUGCCCUGGGCAGCCAGAUCUUCAUCAUGGGGGGUGACACAGAGUUCACAGCCGCCUCAGCCUACCGCUUUGACUGUGAGAGCAGUCAGUGGACACGGAUUGGGGACAUGACCGCCAAGCGCAUGUCCUGCCAUGCCCUGGCAUCAGGCAACAAGCUCUACGUGGUGGGGGGGUACUUUGGGACUCAGAGGUGUAAGACCCUGGAUUGCUAUGACCCCACCUCAGACACGUGGAACUGCAUUACCACCGUGCCCUACUCCCUCAUCCCCACAGCCUUCGUCAGCACCUGGAAGCACCUGCCGGCGUGAGGACACCCGCAGGGCCAGCCAGACUCUGCCUCUCUCCCAGCCCCUCAGCUUGUGCUGAUCCACAGUGCCUGGACCUGGACACCUGGUGGAAGCUCGGCCACCCAUCACCUCUCCAGUGGCUGGAAGCCCACAGCUUCGGCUGGGUAGUGGAUGCGUCAGCUGUCCUGCACUUUACACAAGAGGAACAAAGCUGUGUCCCACAGCCUGAGCCUUGGGGCCUCUCCAGCUUCGCAUGUUUACACAGGGCAAGGAGCUUUCAGAGGGCCAUGGGCUGCCACCAGGGACCCCGGGCCUUGGGGAGGAACAUGUGCAGAGCCCUGAGGUCACCUGUGUCGUCAAGUCCUGCACUGGGCCUGGAGGCAGAGGAGAGGAGUCUGGGUGGGGCUGUGGCAGGUUGGGCUUUGGCCCCCUGACCCUGACUCACAGCUUCCUUAGGGGUGAGAGUCUUAGUGUUACCUGACAGGUGGGGUCUGGGCCUCAGAGGAGCAGAUCCUACCAGACUGAGAGCAGUUGGUCGUGGAGGAAAAAGCUAAAGAUAUUUCAGGGCUCCAUUGUGUGACCUCAGUGACACCUCAGAUUUCAUUAACAGAUGUACCCAGAUCCCUACAGCCACACAGCAGGUCUGGAAUCCCCAAAAGCCCAUCCCAUCCUACAGAGGACCAAGUUCUGUGGUGCUACACCAGAUGUGGGACAGAUGCUCCUUCCCAUAGACACAGGGACUGGGGCCACUCAGGAGAGCUGUGGCCCUGGGGAGCUCUCAGGGACACCCUGUUAUCUCACCUCCUCAGAGCUCACCUAAGGGGCAGUGAUGACCACAUUUCCUGACAGCAUCACAUUGUCAGCAGCGCCAGGGCUCCAUCCCAGGAGACCAUGCCACUCUCCAAGACAAGAUAGUGCUGAGCCAGGGCCAGAGAGGGGUUUUGGGUGGAGUCGCCUUAGUGUGGGGAACGGGGGUCUGUGCCCACCAUCCUCCCUUGCCCUUCAGCUGGUAGCACUGGUUCCUGUUCCCUGAGCCCCACAAAUAACAGUCUCCAGAGUGCUGCUGAGCAUUUGCCCAUUGCUGCCUCCUUUUGCAUCUUGGGAUCCCCCAUUGGGUUAUCCCCAGAAUCCAGGUCACCUUGUGUGGUCACCUGCCAGUGGGCACCUCACAUCGGGGAGAGGCCCCAGCCCACCCUCACUCACCUGCCAUUAGGGGCUCCCAAAUGGAGCUACAUACUGGCCCAGGACCAGGACUGCAGAGGGCCCCACACUGUUACCAGAGAUGCGAAGCCACUGUAAGAACCAGUGAUGUUCGCCAGUGUCCCCACCCUCAGCACUGGCCCUGGUCUUGUGGGUGUCUGGUGGAGAGAGUGCGGGGCAGAGCCAGCCUGCUGAAGGAGGGCUGAUGCGUGGGCCACACAGAUGGGCUGUGUCUGAGGCCAGCCCUGCACCCAGUCUCCCCUUUCCUGGAGGCCGCUGACAGCCACAGCCUGCAGGAGGUGGCCCCUGUGGGUGCUUAGUCUAGAUAAGCACACUUCGCACAGCACAGAGGACCUGACAGCGGUGCUUUCCCCAAGCUGUGUGGCUCCUACUAAGUUGUCUAACUUAAUAAAGAGAGUUG